GGCCGCACCGCCUCGCUAACUCCGCGCCUAUUCGACUCUUUCCGUCUUUUUUCGCUUCUCUGCCCCCAGGCCUGCGAUCGGCAUUCUCGCUCGAAAUCGUGGCCUGGAGUCGCGGAAUGGCGGCGUUUACGAGCCUUGGGAUGGCGUCUAACCCGUGCGAGUGCCGGAGCUGGGUUCCGAAUGCGAGGUUGGCAACGGGGAUCUCGAAGGUAGCGGCCAUUGAACGGAGUAAUUUUCAUCGAUCAUUGCGGCCUUGUGAGCUUGCAGCUCGUUAUGUUGGCCAAACAUUUGGGAUUAUCUCAAAAAGAAUAAGUUCUGCAGCUCUUCCACGUUUUUUUAUUCAAAUGUCUUUAGUAGAUGACAAAGUUUUUCAACAAAACGUUGCUGAUAAAUCUGCAGUUUUGACUUAUGAGCUGAUUCAAGGAAGCCUUGUUAGGUGGAAUUCUGUUGUUGAUAAGUCUGUGCCUGAUCCACCAACUGCUGUUUUCAUCCAUGGGAUUCUUGGAUGCAGAAAAAACUGGGGCUCUUUUGCAAGGAGAUUAUCACAAGAAUUUCCCAUGUGGCAGUUUCUUUUAGUUGAUUUGCGUUGCCAUGCUGAUUCAGCAUCAAUAAAGAAGCGUGGCCCACAUUCCGUUGCUUCUGCUGCCCUGGAUGUUUUGCAGCUUGUGAGACAACUAAGGAUAAUUCCUCGAGUUUUAGUUGGACACAGCUUUGGAGGAAAAGUUGCCUUAAGUAUGGUAGACCAAGCUGCGAAGCCCCUUGCACGUCCUCUGAGGGUAAUGAUGUUCUCUGUUUGGAUCCUUGAUGCUACUCCCGGGAAGGUUCGUCCUGGCGGAGAUGGUAACGACCAUCCUGGCGAAUUAAUUGCAUUCUUGCAAAGACUACCAAAAAAGAUCUCUUCAAAGCAGGAAGUUGUGUCUGCUAUUGUUCAACAGGGAUUCUCUAGAGAUGUUGCACAGUGGGUGGCGACAAACCUCCGACCCAUUGGCAAUUCAAAUUCAAGACCUUUAGGGUUUUCAUGGAACUUCGAUCUCAAUGGAAUUGCUGACAUGUACACAUCAUACGAGACGACAAAUAUUUGGGGUAUUGUUGAAAAUGUUCCUCGUGGCGUCCACAUGAACUUCUUAAAAGCCGAACGAAGCUUACAUAGAUGGGCCCUCGAAGAUCUACAGAGGAUUCAUGCUGCAGAGGAGCUGGCUUCAGAUGAGGGAGCUGGAGUCCAGAUGCAUGUUCUUGAAGAUGCUGGCCACUGGGUACAUGCAGACAACCCGGAUGGUCUUUUCAAAAUUCUAUCAAAAUCAUUCAAGUGUACAGUAGCGGCGAACAAAGUACUACGUGGCUUGAGACCUCAAUAGGAGAUAAAAAAUUUUGAUGAAUUCGGACGGCUUAAGUUCUAUAAGAAUGUUGUAAUCUUUUUUACAUAAAUACCACCCAAUUCUUAUGUAUUUAGAAUUUACAUCUCUAAACACACUUCUCAUUGUACAUUUAUACCACCCAAUUCUUUUUAAUGACAUCAAAA